UGUAUACUGUUGGUUGAAUCUGCAAUGUUGAGGCCUAAACGAUCUUCUGAAUUGGUACCUCCAGCCUGUUCCAGACAUACUCUUCAAAUUUUUUCUCUCUCUGAAUCAGUUGUCAACAACAAAACUAAUAAUAUAAGUAGACACUCAUCACCAUUACGUGACAUGGAAAUAGGACAUCUUGAAGCAAUGGAGGAGAUGCUUGUUCAGGAGGACAUACCUGAUCUAGCAUAUUCUCAGCAUGAAGUUGGACCAAAUUCUUACAAUUCAAAUCUAGAAGAUUUCUUUGUGGACCAAGAUGAGAGCAACAAAGAAAAAAGAUAGCAUCCAGAUAACAAUGAGAAUAUAAGUGGACAUUCUCCACCACCAGAAUGUGACAUGGAUACAGUUCAUCUUGAUGCAACUGAUACAGUUGGCACUGACUAUGAGAACAUAAGUGGACACUCACCAUCAAAACAUGACAUGGAUAUAGGUCAUAUUGAAGUGAUAGACGGGCUGACUUUACAGGUGGAGGGAACUUAUCCAGUAUCUUCUCAGCAUGGAGUUGAAUCAAAUUCUUACAAUUCAAACCUAGAAGAAUUCUUCGAGGACCCAGAUGAUGGCGACAAAGACAAAACAUACCAUCCAGUUAACAGUGAAACUAAUGACACCAGUAGUGAAGAAGAUUCCAGCAUACCCCCUAGCAAGAAAAAAAAGGGGGCACAUUUGACCACCUUAGCUAAUAUACCAAUGUCUUUUCAGAAUUCAGAAAAUGUUUCUUCAGUACAUGACAAAUCUAAUGGAGUUCCUGGAUCAGUGUCAGAUGAGGCAAGUUCAUCUUCAUGUUACUGACAAUCCAAACACUGCGAUUAUACAUGCUGCUGAGCAACAGCAACAACACAAAUGGUCCAGGAAAAUUCGUGCAGAACGAAAAAAAUCAUUGAAUUUGGGAAAGGAAUACACUAACUACAGAGGUAAAAAGGUAGCUGCAAGGAAAUGUAAGCCUCUCCAACGUUGCAGAAAUCAAUGCUAUACAUUUCUAGAAGAGGAAACUUUAAAUAGAAUUUCAUACCAAUAAGCUAUUUUUGAAGAGUAUUGGUCACUUAACAACCGUGAUAAGAGAGUAGCUUUUGUUGCCUCUUGUGUACAAACUCGGGAUACAUUAAUUAUACGUAAGAGAAAACCUGACCCCAGAACCGUAACUCUAUAAUAUCAAACGCAGUUAUGUAUUUUAUCAAGGAAAGUCCUCAAGUAACCUCGGUUAUAAUGAAAUACUCCUUACCAGGUCAUUCCUGGGCCCAGGAAAUUGAUACUGUCCACAGUAUAAUUGAGAGAGUCAUGAACAAAAGUGACUUUUUCUCCCCAAUUGGCUUGAUUCGAAUCUUAAAACAGACCAG